GCCCCGUUCAUAUUCUUCUACCGUUUCCGCUUAACUUCCUUUCCGGCGGCGGCUAUUUCUUCGCCAACAUGCCACUCGCAAAAGACUUGUUGCACCCGACCCCCGAGGAGGAGAGGAGAAGACACAAGAAGAAGCGUCUCGUUCAGAGUCCGAAUUCUUACUUUAUGGACGUGAAGUGUCCAGGAUGUUACAAGAUCACAACGGUCUUCAGCCAUGCCCAGACCGUGGUACUGUGCGUGGGUUGUUCGACAGUGUUGUGCCAGCCCACUGGUGGCAAAGCCCGGCUCACAGAAGGUUGCUCAUUCAGGAGGAAGCAGCACUAGCCAUGACGUGGUAUAGUGGAGAGGGAGACUCGGACUACAGUAGAGCUGUGUCUGGGCUGACCCGGCUGCAGCUAGGCCCAGACAUGCAUCUGCAUCAGCAACAACAUUCGUCCAAUCUCACCGUCUCAAUAAAAAUAUUUGGCUAAA